GAUACUAUUUAGUGUGCUAGUGCGCGGUUUGGGACGGAGCCUGAGCGGCAGGGUGGAGAGGAAAAGAAAGGAACGGAGGAUUUUAUUCAAAUGACAAAUAACUGUGUUCAGCACAAACUCCUACCUGUUGUUUUCAAACAGACGCUGCACUGGAAUCCCUGGAGAUCCGCCAUCCUGUAAAUGUGCCUCGACUGAGACUUUUUUUUUUUUUUCUGCCAGCUCCUAGCUAGGAAUGAAUGUAGGACGCUAAGUUAGCUAGUGCAUUCACAUGGACGCCAAAAUGGAAGGUACCACAAACGCGCUUUAUAUCACACGACUUUAUCGAACAGGUCUUUAACGAGGUAUUAGUGGACCAUUUUAUACCCGUUUGUAAUCUUUAUAUUUUUCCCCCUUUUACUAUGUUCUGUGCACUCAAACGGCGGCACUGCGCAAAACCUACAUCAAACUCGAACAUAGAUGGAGCAGGGGCGUUUUGGGUUUAGCUAGCUAGCUAGCUAGCUAGUUAGCAAGCACAGCUAGCUGGCCUGGAAGAUACAAACAGCAGAGCACAAAGAAAGAAAGAAAGAAAGAAAGAAGGAGGGGGAAAAGGAAGGGAAAGUAGUUUUAAACCUGUUUCAUAGUAUUUGAGGUGCUUGUCGGGUGGAUAUUUAAUUUAAAGCGGGUUUAUUCGACAGUCAGCGACUUGCUUUAUGUGGGGAAGCAGAUAAAGAAAGCUAGCUGGCUAGCUAGCCGAGAUUGGCUCAGUGUUUUAGCGCCCAGUCCCUAAUGAAGGAGUAUAAAGUGGUGGUGUUGGGCAGCGGCGGCGUGGGCAAGUCCGCCCUGACCGUGCAGUUUGUCACCGGCACCUUCAUAGAAAAAUACGACCCGACCAUCGAGGAUUUCUAUCGAAAAGAGAUCGAGGUAGACUCGUCCCCUUCGGUGCUGGAGAUUCUGGACACCGCCGGGACCGAGCAGUUCGCGUCCAUGAGGGAUCUUUAUAUAAAGAACGGACAAGGCUUCAUUUUAGUCUAUAGCCUUGUAAAUCAGCAGUCAUUUCAGGACAUCAGGCCGAUGCGUGACCAGAUAGUUCGAGUGAAACGCUUUGAGAAGGUUCCCCUCAUCUUGGUGGGCAAUAAGGUGGACCUAGAAUCUGAGCGCGAGGUUGCGGGGUCAGAUGGCCGAGCCUUGGCGCAGGAGUGGGGCUGCCCUUUCAUCGAGACCUCGGCUAAGAGCAAGACCAUGGUGGAUGAGCUCUUUGCCGAGAUCGUGAGGCAGAUGAACUAUGCCACUUUGCCUGAGAAACAGGAGCAGUGCUGCACGGCGUGUGUGAUGCAGUGAGGUCUCUGGCCUUACCACACACUCCACAGCCACAGCACCUGGCAGGAGGCCCUUUUGAACCAGUGUCUGCUUCAGUGAUGUUUUGACCCCAUGAGCCACACCAGUGUCACUGAGCCGUCUGAACUCGGACUGAUGAGGUCACCUGACAAGCCUUGGUUUUGCUGCAGUGUAAAGCAGGGACUUUGAAAUCUCUGACUUUCGUCGGUGUCUGUAAUGUAGAGCACAUAUAUAUAAUACAGUAUAUAUACAGUAUACUGGGUGUUUUUGGGAACUGCAUGAUGAGCAUCAGUGGGAGGGCAGAGAACUUUGGAAACAGGGCCAAAUGUGACAGGGCUAUUAAUAUAUAUUUUCUUAGAGGGGAAUCUACAUAAUGUAUGAGCAGGAUUUCUGCGACCUGUAAAAUGCUGACGGUGCUCGGUUGUACAUCCCCAGUAUUUCUUUUAACAUUUUUAUGUUUGAUCUCUACUUUUAAACAAUAAUAGCCAUUAUGGAGGUGUGAAGCCUGGACCAUCUAACUUUUGCUUUUCUUCCAUUUUUUUUUUUUAAGACUUCAGUAUGUAUGCUUUCCCUCCUCAUAAUAGUAUAUUUAUUAAAAUGUUUAAUUACAAAGAUGGAUACAUAAAAAUUAAUAUGUUCCAUUGGCCUUUUUGCUUUUUGUGACGGUAUGCAUUGUUUCUGAAAUGGAGCAUUAAUGACGCCUUAAAUGAUUACAGUUUCAAACUUU